AUGAGUGAAGGCACCAAUCACAAUGGUCACAAUGCCUCUUCGAAGAGACGCAUCAUCCUCAAUGCAUUCGACAUGUUCACCCCUAGCCAUCUCUCUUUCGGACAGUGGAGGAGAGAUGAUGACAAGUCCUCGACCAAGCGCAGAGAUCUCGAUUAUUGGACCAAUCUAGCUCGGAUUCUUGAGCGAGGUGACAUCAAUGCGCUUGUCAUUGCCGACACCUUUGGCCAGCAUGAUGUCUACAAGGGGAGUGCUGAGACAACCUUGAGGUCAACUGUCCAGUUCCCGAUGGGGGAUCCUUCUAUUCCAGUGACCGCAAUGGCAACUGUAACCAAGAAUCUUGGGUUCAUCAUCACCUCGAGCACAAGUUAUGAAUCUCCAUUUGUUGUUGCAAAGCGAUUUUCGACCCUGGAUCACUUGACAAAGGGGAGAUUCGGCUGGAAUAUCGUCACUUCGUUCAAAUCAUCGGCAUCCAAGGCUGUUGGCCUAUCCUACGUAGAGCAUGACAAGCGUUAUGAAAUCGCCGACGAAUAUCUCAAAAUUCUCUAUAAGUACGCUUCUUCACUAUGCCAGGAUCACGACGAGGAACUCGCUAACGGCUUAUGUAGAAUUUGGGAAGGCUCGUGGGCAGAUGAUGCACUCAAAGAAGACGCCGAGAACGAAAUCUAUGUAAAUCCCGACCGAGUCCGGUGGAUUGAACACCACAGCGAAAACUUCACCCUGAAUGCACCGCAUAUUCUCGACCCAUCGCCACAGAGAACCCCCUUUCUCUUACAAGCAGGGACAUCACCAGCGGGAAUUGCUUUUGCGGCGAAGCAUGCUGAAGGCGUGAUGCUCUCCGGGCUCUCGCCACACAUCCUUGCGCCUCGUGUUGCAGCACUUCGCUCUAAGGCUGCUGAGUUCGGUCGUAACCCUCGGAACAUAAAGGUCUUUGCUAUCGUCACCCCUGUUUUAGGCAAAACGGAGGAAGAGGCGAAGGCCAAGUAUGAAAAGGCUCUGAAAUACGCCAGUUUCGAAGCCGGCUUAGCCUUCUACUCGGGUAAUGCCGGCAUUGACUUGUCAACCUUUGACCUUGACACGGAGAUCAAACCGGAAGACUCGGCUGUGGACAGUCGGAUACAGUCACUGGUGGGCAGCUUGAAGUACCGCGGCGCUGAUGUGCCUGCAUGGACACCACGGACAAUCGGCAAGGCCAUGGCAAUUGGUGGUAACGGCCCUGUCCCAGUCGGAACUCCCGAACAAGUUGCCGACUUCCUCGAAGAGUGGAUUAAGAUAGCUGAUUUGGACGGCUUUAAUGUCGGCUAUGUCGUCAGCCCUGGAAGCUUUGAAGAUGUGGUCGACCUGCUGGUUCCAGAACUCCGUCGCAGAGGAAUUUACACUCCUCAGGGGGAAAGCGGCACCAUUCGUGAGCGAAUCUAUGGAGUUGGUCAGACUCGAUUACUUGAUGAACAUGAGGGUAGCAAGUACAAGUAUGAGAAUUAUGAUCUCACACAGAAAUAA